GGCGCGGCGGGACGCCGAGCCAGCUGCGGGCUUGUCCUGCGCCGGUGCUUUGAGGGGCCCGGCCUGGGGCGGCCGUGCGGGGCGGUUCGGGCCUGCUGCUCGCCGGGCUGAGGAGGCCGCUGUGGGCGCGGGCCGUGGAGACCAGGCGCGGUCCGCAGGGGUAGUUGACCUGUCUGAUGGAAGGGCCUUUGCAGCCGGAGAACGUCAUUAAGCUUUCCUUUAUCCUUUUCCUUUUUCCUUUUCUGUUGUGGCUUCAUGUAAGCAUUGCAGGGACCAAGAAUGGAUGGGCGCUAAGAGCUGCUGAAGUGCUGACCUUAUGCAUACUGAGACAGGCACAUGGAUUAGCAAUGCGGUGGAUUCAUCUCCACCCCAACUGUUUCUCGACUCACAUCAGAUGAAGUGAUUCAGAUGCGUAAUGAGCUCUUCACCAAAGAGAAAGAGAGGCAGUUGUCGCUUUAUCCACGGAUUGAGAAAAUUGAAGUAAAGUACACUGGGAAAUCGCACCCUGGCAGUGUGUUUGUAAUGAACAAAGCUUUGUCUACUCCGUACAAUUGUGCCAUGCACUUAAGUGAAUGGCACUGCAAGAAGUCUGUUCUAGCUCUUGUGGAUGGUGAAGUCUGGGAUAUGUAUAGACCCUUGACCAAAUCAUGCGAAAUUCAAUUCCUUACUUUCAAAGAUGAAGAUCCAGAGGAAGUAAACAAGGCCUAUUGGCGUUCAUGUGCCAUGAUGAUGGCAUGUGUGUUAAAGCGGGCAUUCAAAGAUGAGUACUCAGUGACUCUGAUUAAAGCUCCAGAAGUGCCAGUGAUCUCUGGAGCUUUCUGUUAUGAUGUAAUUUUGGACAAUAGACUGAAUGACUGGAAACCAACAAACGACAACUUCUCCUCUCUUACAAGGGAUGCCGGAAAGCUAAUUCAUAAAGACCUGCCAUUUGAAACACUGCAUGUUGAAGCAAAAGUAGCACGUGAAAUGUUUCAGCAUAACAGAUACAAGAUGGAGAUGAUAGAACAAAAAGCUUCUCAGAAUACAGAGGGAAUUGUAACAUUACAUAGGUUUGGUGACUUUGUAGAUGUUAGUGAAGGCCCUCAUAUUCCAAGGACAAGUUUCUGUUUCCAGUAUGCAAUAACAGCAGCCCAUAAUCUUCAGACUAACCAAUCUGACUUGAUAAGGAGGUUCCAGGGUGUAUCCCUGCCAAUUCAUUUGAAGGCUCACCACACCGUGUGGCACAAACUGCUGGAACGAUCGAAGAAACUGGUCACUGAAGAAAAGUACUUGGAAGCAGCAACAGAACAUCAUGAGGCAAAAGAUGGCACUGAAGAAGGAAAAACACUAUCAAUUUAAAUUAACUUUAACCUCUAAAUGUACAUAAUAAAAUGUGUAUUUUUACACGA